AGGAUCUUAGCGCUUGUCCCGACGCCAUCUUACAGCCAUCAGAUCCCAUAUCGAAGACUAUGGCUCGAGUUGCACAAACGCGGCCACGAAUUAGUGCUCGUCACGUCGAACCCGAUCCCAAACAUGGACCCGAAGACGUUCCAACAGAUUGACAUCAGUGAAGCGUACAAGGAUAUCAGGGAAGUCGACUUUAUGCACCUUCGAUUCGACAAGGUCGAAUGGCUUGCGUUCGUGGAAGAGUAUCUGUUCAGCAUGGCCCAUGUCUUCGUGGAACACGUGCUAAAUCACACGGAUAUGAAGCCGAUCUAUGCGCCCAACAGCAACCGGAAGUUCGACGUUGUGAUGGCCGAAAUGCUUGCGAUGCCAGCCAUCUACGCGUUCGCUCAUAGAUUCGACGCACCCUUAAUAGGAAUGAGCUCGCUGGGAAUGUUAUCUAUCAAUGAACACGCUCUUGGUGGUCUGGUAUUGCCAUCGCACGAAUAUACCUGGGAAAUGGAGGCGAACGUGGGGACGAAUCAACCAUUUUGGAGGAGACUGCAAAAUUAUAUUAAACUCUCUCGACUCUUGUACGUUAUGUAUCGUGAUCUGUUC